AUGGAGGCAUUGUUGAAGUUAUUUGGUGGAACUCUGAAUUCAAUAACUAGUAAAUGCAUGGUUUUGCUUGUUACUCUUUUGAUUCUUAGAGUGUUUAUUUUUCCUGGUUUUGAUGGAAUUGAAUGGAGCAAUCUUGUAUAUUACUCUCCGUCGACGAGUUCUUCCGAAUUUGGGAUUCGGGAGUUUAGGUUUUUGGUUGUUCCUCAGCUUGUUUGGGGAUUAAACAACCAGAAAAUCGCAUUCGCCAGGGCUUGUCUUACUGCUAGAAUGUUGAAUAGAACCCUUUUGAUGCCUAGCUUUAGUGCAUCUCUUUUUUACAAGGAAGUCGAUCUGUUGCAGCCGAUUUCCUUCGAUAAAAUAUUCCAAUUCGAAAAGUUUAAUGCAGUUUGCAGUGGUUUUGUUCGGUUAGGUCGGUAUUCGGAUGUCUUGAAUAGAACUCGAGUGCUUGAAAUGACGAAAGGGAGUGGAAGGAAGUGGACAUUGGAGAGAGAUUUGUCACAAUUGAAAGAGUAUAGUAAAGGCUCUUAUGAUGACUAUGAGGUAAUUGAAAUUUUAGGGAAAAACCCUUUCUUAUGGCAUGAUCAUUGGCCUUUGAAGGACUAUGCUAAGGUUUUCGAGUGCUUGGUUUUGAUCGAUGAGUUUCGUAACGAAGCAGACAGGGUUGUUUCUAGGAUUAGGGAAGUCGGAAACAAUGAAUCAAUGGAAUCGCAACAAGAUAGGUCUUCAUUUCACCGUCUACCAUAUGUUGCGGUUCACAUGAGGAUCGAAAUUGAUUGGAUGAUUCAUUGCAAAAAGUUAGAGCAGAGAAUGAACACAAAUCAAAUAUGCAGUAGCAAAAAAGAGAUAGUGGAAAGAGUUAGAAGCAUCGUAAUCGGUUUGAAAAAAACUCCAAUUGUUGUUUAUCUCGCGGUAGCCGAUAAACUCCUUAACGAUUCUUCCAUAAUGGAAGACUGGGGAGAAGGCAUUCUUCCUUACGAGAAGAAGAAACUCGGCGUUGAGGGAAUCUAUAACAAGUAUCCAUAUCUGAUUCAAUCUGCGAUCGACUAUGAAGUUUGUUUACAAGCUGAUAUCUUUGUUGGAAACAGUUUCUCUACAUUUUCGAGUCUUAUAGUUCUUGAAAGAACACAUAAAAUGAUCAAAACGAGUGACGAAAGCGUGUGCAGAACCGAUGUAAGAUGGCCUUCUUAUGCAUAUAAUAUACAAGGAGAAUCAAAUGGUGCAAUGAGAUGGAUUACAAAUAUGUCUGAAUCAAGUCUUCAAACAAUAAGCUAUGGAACUGAUAGAAUCUAUGAUUGCAAGGGUCAUAUUUAA